AGUCGCCAGGCAGCGUUAUCGUGUUUUCAGGUGUAUAUACACAAAACGAGUCAAGUGUCGCUUGCUCGGCUCGGGACAUCUCCGUCACGCGUGUAAUCGAUACGUUUUUCGAGAGUUCGCGUCAUUUCUCGAUCUCUAUCGAUUUCGAUCGUUCUUGAGUCGAACUGCUUGCGAGAGAACAGUUCGACGGUUUCUAUCCGUCGUACAGGAUUACGGAUAUGUAUUUAUUUUUUAACGUCGAUCGAUUACGAUACGAGUAUCGAUCCCCGCGUGGCACCGAAACGACCAGUCACGAGCUAGAGCGGUCGCGUUGACUGGGCUUUCGAUUGUUCAGUUUUCCGAACGUGGUAACAAAUGUUUCUGACGUACGAACGACCGACCACCUGGUCCCGCGUGUGUCGUUAUUACCAACGACAAUAAAGGUCACGGCUUGGCCUGGCACGCAACACAUUCGAGCGACGAUCGCGGGUGCGCGUGGACGUGCGCGCGAGGCAACGAUGCUGCCCAAAAAGGAAGGUCAACCGGAGCCCUACGCUCUCGAGGACAUGAUCUCCGACAUACAGGCGCGACGAAAUUCCCUAGACCACGAGGACCUCGAGGACCCCGCGGAGCUGCUGAAGAAACGCGACAGGGAUCUGGUUUUGGCAGCGGAGCUUGGUAAAGCUCUUCUCGAGAGGAAUCAGGAAUUGACCAAACAGAGCGAGAGCCUUGUCGAGGAGUACUCGUCAAAGUUGGAGAGUCUAGAGCAAGAGAGGCACCUGCUCCGUAGGCGGCUCGAGGAAGUCAAGGGCGAGAGCGAAGCCAGAGCUUUGGAGCUUCAGGCAGACGUGGAGACGCUCAGGAGCCAGCUUGAGGAGCAGAAUGAACGGGCGAGAAGAGCGGAACGGGAUCAGGCGACCCUCGUUACGGAGCUCACCGCCCAAAACACGAGGUUCGCCGAUCAGCUGAGAGAAGCCGCGAAACAGGAAGAACAGCUGCUCAUCGAGGUCAAGGUGCUCAGGGAAAAGUGUGCUAUCAGGAGUACCACGCUCCAGGAUCACGUCAGCAGCCUGGAGGUUCUCAGGGACGAGGUGCAGCUCGUGUCCGCGCAACGAACAGAAUUAGAGAGGAGGUCCUUGGAGCUACGGGAGGAGAGGGCGAGGGCUAUGGCGGCCCUCGAAGAAGCCGAGGAGAGAGCAGCGGCCUUGGAGCGGCUCGGCCACGAGGCGGAACACCGGGCGAAGUUGGCCGAACGGGAGAGGGACGAGCUGGCAGUAACGUUAGCAGCCAUCGAGGCUGAGAGGAGAGGCAGAUCGGCCUCUGUACAGAAGCCUCCCAGGUCGUUACAGGCUGAGAUGGAGUGCGAGGAGAGCGGAAGCUCGUUGGGGGAACAAGAGGACCUUCGAAGCGAAGUGGCCAGAGCGGCGAAACGGUUGAAGGAGCUCUGCGUUCACCUGAGGCGGGGGGAGGACGAUUCAGGGUUGCAGAGCGACUGCGACGAGUCCAUGCUCGUGAUCAACACCACUGAAGAGGUGACCACCAACGGUCAGGAGACUCUAUCCAGCGCGCCGAACUGUCCCGGCGCUCUACUGGACAUCGUGGAGGAGGUGUACAAUCUGGCUCUGUCCGGCAGAGGAGCACCAGGCGAGUUGGGCCUGGCGGUCGAGUUGCACAGGGUACGGGAAGAGUUGGAGCACACGAAGGAUCAGCUGAAGCAGACACAGGACGAGCUGAAGAGGCGCGGGGAGACUCUGCUGGACAUGACCAGCAAGUUGAGCGUGUCCGAAGCGGAAUUGCGUGGUGUCAAAGAGGAACGUGACAGAGCUCGCGGCGACAUGGAGCACUCGCAGCUGACGAAGGACGAGGUCGUGGCACAGGCAUACAAAGUCAGGGACCAGGCGGUUGCCAGGAAGAACAGGGCAGAGGUUGAACUGGCGAAGACGAGAAUAGACGUUCUGCAGGCGAACAGCCAACUGAUGGAGGCGAUUCAACAGAAGAUCGAGCUUAGCCAGCAGCUGGAACAGUGGCAAAUGGACGUGCAGUUGCUCCUGGACGAGCACGUCCGUAGCAAAAUGAUGCCUGUUAGGAACACCAUCACCGCUUCAAACGCCGAGAACACAGAGAUCGUGGCGCCAGCGAGGAAAAAGCGCAGCACCGGCUCCACGAAGAAAAUGUUCGGCUUCUUCUGACGAAAGUGAUUGCUCACAGGACGUGUGAUUAGUCAGGGACGCCGUAGCACGGUGAGAAACGAAGACUGCGCUCGAAUGGGGAUGUUCUUUCGUGCGUCUCGAAGCGUAUCAGGGACCAUUCGACCGGUCAUCCCUCUCGAUUCAGGGACAGACCGGUGGAUUCGAAUUUAUGGCGGUGAUUCCGUCGGGAUAAACGAUUACUGUUUCCACGACUGUUUCUAGGGCGGGGAGUAGUCAUCGCGAACCGUUUGUUCGUACCACGUUUUUUUACAUGUACUUUUAACGGCGAACAGAACGAACUCUUCUCCCGAUAAGAAUUUCCGCGGUAGGAAUUUUUGUAAAUUAACAAUCUUCUCCUUGGUAAUGGGGGAAGCUUAUACCGCGUGUUGUUGUAACGAGUUAGAGUCGGCAGUAAUAACGACGUAGGUUUCUUCCUUAUGGCGUGAACGAAUUGCAUCGAGGAAAGAAAGCGACAGUAAACGCGGUCAGCUCGAGCGAGUUAAGAAGGAUCGUCCACGGUGAAGCGUGAAUGCUUUUGUUUUCCCUUCGCCCGGACGUUCCGAGAACGUCUGGUCAUUCCGGUAAUCGUGGUACGGCUCAUUGCCACGGUGAGAACGAUCUCUCAGCGGCAUCACGUCGUCAAGAUCUCCUCCGGUUCGUCGGGUUCAAGCUUGUUAUUACUUCGAGCGAAAAAUAUGAGAGAGACAGCAGCGGACUUCCUAGUUGUCGUCGGACUAGAUUCAGAGCGGCCUAAAUACAUCGAUCCUUUCCCUCGUGUCUGUAUAUAAACGCGUUUUUCGACAGACUGUUGCCUUACCGGACAGGAAUUUCUUUAUCCGUUGAUUGUGAUAUAUUCUAUCCACUGUUACGUUAAACUUCAGGGUUGAUCUUGAAACGUUAUCGGGUAAAUAUUAAAAAUGAAUCAUCGAAGAAUCAAUUGAACGAAAUUUUAGCGCAAUCGUUAUGGCGUUUUUUAAAUUGUAAAAUUCAUCUAAGAGUAUUCUAGAUGGAAUUGUCGACCUCCGUCCGAAUCUUUGUCGUUCCGCGCGGACCAGGAUGCAAUUAUAGCUCGAUGGCUGCAGAGAAACGGGAGAUCGAUCCGUUUUCAGCCGCGACCCUACGGCCCUUUUAGGCAACGACAGUGCAAUAACGCUAGAGAAAUUUCUACGCGAACCGGCCGUGUCGGUCAACCGCGACGAUGUUUUCUCGGCGUUCAAUUUUCAUUACGGUCCGAACGGUUAGCUUUAAUUGAACGAACGGUGUUAAGUAACAACGAAGCGGUUGCACGCGGAUCAUCGACGCGCGGCAUUGUCCUUUGUAAAUUAGUAGCCGACGAGCGAGCCGCGGCGCCUCGCCGUGAUUGUAGGAUAGCUGUAUAAUUCCUGAUCUGACAGUGAGCAAUUCUGAGCAAUUGUGACAACAUAUUUAUUUAAUAAAAGUCUGUUUUACGGA